AUGGAUGAUUUGUACACAAUGAAAGGGAGAUCAAGAAGAAGAACUAAAAAGAUGAGAAAUCUUCAUUUCUACCGUGUUGAGCUAUUUUACUCUGUCAUUGAUAUGCAGUUUCAAGAACUUAAUAAUCGUUUUGAUGAAGUGAAUACAAAUUUGCUUUUAUGUAUGAUAUAUCUUGAUCCCGAAUACUUAUUCUCUGCAUUUGAUGUGAGCAAAUUGAUUGAACUUGCAAAAUUUUAUCCAUAUGAAUUUCUCCAGAAUUUUGGAGCUCUUGUUAAAAAUGUGGUAGCUACAAAAAAGCAUAUUGUAUUUCCCUUGGUGUAUAUGUUUGUUAAAUUGUCAUUGCUCUUACCAGUUGCUAAAGCCACAUUUGAAAAAAUGUUGGGCUAUUUCUUGUAUGCGUCAGGUGACCUCCUGUUCGUGUGGAAUGAAAGGGUGUUGGUCAUGGAAUUUAUGGAUAUCCAGGUGCUUGGGUUCUUAUGGAAUAAACUGUAA